AUGAAAGGACAGUCAUUUUGUUCCCAGCAAUAUCACGAGCGAGAAAUAACGAGGAGUUUCUGCCUUAAAUGCCAAAUCUGUGUUGGCCAAAUAUGCACUGCUAAGGAUCACAAGGCACAUGAUGUGAAAGCAUUGGAGAAAGUAGCCGACGGCGUGAAAGCCAACAUCCUGACACGAACCGAGGUAUUAAAAGCAAAAGCAGAGGUUUUUAGCGAUGCGAUUCGUAAAUAUGAAAAAACAGCACGUGAACUGGAAACUAAUAUAACUAACACUAAACUUAAAGUUUCCCAAGCAGCUGAAAAAAUGAUCGCCAGGAUUAAAGAAAACGAACGGCAAAUCAUUUCCACCCUUGAGAACACGCGCGUGUCAAGGGCGGAUAAUUUAAACUCUGCAAAGACGCAAGUGCAAUCCUUGCUGAAGCAAAUUGACCAAGCAAUCGAGUUCGCUAAAAACCUGAUUCAAAGAACGUCCAGUUCAGAUAUAAUGCAAAGUAAGAAUGACCUAGAAAAACGGUUUGAACAUCUUGAAAACACACCGAUCCCGGAAAUUCCGGUCAAUCCCAUGAAGUUUUAUCAAACGAAAGACGAAAAGAAUCUAACCCUUGGUUACAUAGCAAGAAGGAAUCCAGUAGUAGGACUGACAAAAGAUUUCCAAGCUGGUGUUGAAUCAGAAUUUGACGUCCACCCACAAAUACUUGGAGAACAAGUGUAUGAAGUGAAAGUGCUUGUGGAACCCGCUGAAAAACUAGGAAGUUUUACAAUUUGCGAAAAUCAAGAUGGUGAUUACACCGUGAAGUUUACACCUAAAGUUCCAGGCAUCUUCAGUAUCACAAUAAAGGUAACUGGCAAGGAGUUUGCAGGAAGACCUUACAAAGUCCAAGUAAAACAACGACUAAUUCAAGUUGUGGGAGGGAUAGAAAUAGGAGGAAACACUCUUGAAAAGCCAAAUGGAAUUGCGGUAAACAACAGAGGACAAAUCGCUGUUGUUGAUUAUGAAAAACAUUUUGUCUUGAUAACUGAUAUGAAAGGAAAAUGUGUGAGAAAAAUGGGUUGUUAUGGAAACAAUGUUGGACAGCUCAACCGUCUCAACCGUCCAACUGAUGUCACAUACCUAAAUGCUGAUAACAUUCUGGUGGCGGAUCAAUUAAAUCAUCGCAUUCAACAAUUUAAUGUUCAAACAGGGAACUCUGUAAAAAGCUUUGGAAAGAGAGGGACAAGGGGUGGUGAGUUUCAGAACCCUGUCAGUGUUUCUUUGGAUGAUGAAGGUCGUGUUAUAGUUGCUGAUUUUUACAACAACAGAAUCCAAGUUUUAUCACAGGAUGGUGAACCUUUGUUUAAAUUUGGAGAUAGUGGACCAGAAAUACUAAACAAUCCCAUUGCAUGUAUUUACCAUGAGAGCAAGUUCAUUAUUUCUGACUGGGGUGAUGAUUGCUUGAAAGUGUUUGAUAAUGCUGGAAAGUUUUUGUACGAGUUAGGAGAGCCAGGCAAGGAUGAUUGA